AGGAGGCGGGCGGAGCCGGAGCAGCGAAGGCACAGCACGGAUGAGGCGCAUGCGCGGUGCUGGACGGCGCUGGAGCUGCGGGCCCGGCGCGGGCUCGCGGAGGGGCCGGGGGGCAGCCGUUGGCGGAGGCGAGGCGGCGUGCGGCUGGCGGGGCCUGGCGGGCGGCUCGCCGCAGCAGCUGGCGGAGCGAUACGCGGACUUGGCCGCCAGCCACAGCGAGGCGGUGCGGGCCCGCGAGGAGCGGGAGCGCCAGAACGUGCGGCUGCGGGACGAGAACGCGCGGCUGCGGCUGGAGAACCGCCGGCUGAGGCGGGAGAACCGCAGCCUCUUCCGCCAGGCGCUGCUGGGGCCCGGCCCGGAGCCCGACGCGCCGCCCCGCCCGGGCUCCGCCCCCGAGCAGCAGCAGCAGCAGGAGGAGGAAGCGGCGCUCGCGGCCCAGCUGCGGCGGCUGCAGGAGAGGCACCGCCGGGCCCUGCAGCAGCUGCGGCGCCGCCGAGCCCAGGACGGGCUGGAGGAGGACGGGGAGCUGGACGAGCUGCUGCGGGAGUUGGACGGGGAGCAGCAACAGCCCCCGGGGCAGCAGCCGCCGGAGAAGAAGAGCCUGGUGCCGCCCCUAUAACCGGGGGAGGCUGACGGGGCUCCGCAGUGGUUGGAGGACCCCCCCACAGCCAGGUCACUGGGGUGAGGAGCCCCUAUCACUCUCUCCAGCCCCCCUUUGCUACCUGAGGCGGACCCAGCCGGCUGCACCCUGGGGCCGCCUCACAGCGGGGCUCCUCUGCCCCACAGGUUUUUGGGGUCCCAGAAGUAGGCACGGGAGCUUUCUGCAGGAGAAGCCACAGCAUCUGGAGAGUUGGCAUCUGGAGGAGGCCCCAAGGAGACCCACGCAGUAGGAGGGAAAGGGCCUCACAGCAGCAGGUGCCUCGUGCCCUUGGAUGUUGAGGAGAAGUUUGUCCUAGAGGGAGAAAUGGAUUCUGGACUUUGCCGCCUCCUGGCAUUGCCCUGUCUGCCUUCUCUGCUUUGAUUUGGACCUGUGUGUCUAGUUAUCUUUGUGCAGGAGUGAACAAAUCUCAUAGAGGCCAUAAUAGCCCUGUAGAUGACCCAACAAUGGCACAUUUGUUAGCCUGUUACUAGGUUUUAGUACCCAUGUAUAUCAGUUUGAAAAAAUGAAAAGUUUGUGUGCCAGAUUUAUUUUGACAGCACUUUAAAUGAUAGCUGAUAAUCCUUGGAAUCCUUCUGAAUUGGUUGGAUAUCAUCUGCAACUCCAUUCUCUGUAUAUCUUUGACUAUUGAUUUGUUCAUCCUUGUCUGUUGCAUAAUUGGUCUAGACAUGGCACUUCCAAUUCAUAAAACUACAGGUCAUACUAAAUAAAUCCUUGACACACCAAAAUGCUUCUACUAGAUGUGAUUUGUAAUAUGCAGUUGAAUAUAAUAUACACAUUAUUUGUUUUAUACUGUAAAUAGCUACUCUUCAAAGUUCUUAAAUUUUGGUACUGAGGUUUUUUUCAAAAUUCUAAGAAACAAGCUACUCAAUCUUUCUAUUUUAAGUAAAAACUAUUUUUCACUUACAUAACGGAAACUAUUUUACUUUUUAGUUUCUAUUUGCUGUCUGAAAGACCAACCUUGUAAACAUAUAAGAGUAACAUUAUUUGCAUCGGUCGUCCCAUUGCCUUUAGUAGGAUUAAUCGGAUGAGGAAAGUUAGUGUUGGAUGCCACGGUUUGUGGGAUGGGUCCCUAUACUAAACUUUUGACCAAGAUAAGGUGGUAUUUAUGUAACUUUUUUUUUUUUUUAAAGAACAACAAUAAUAAAACACCCACACAACUUCAAACUUUGUUUGGAGUUAGAUGUAUUUAUGGGAAAAGAGGAGUACUUGUACCAACUUCACUAUUAUUGUUUUAUAUAAUUGAGGUUUAAAAUAGUCUGUGUAGCGUCCAGCAUACAAAUUUAAUUAUGAUAUAAAAUGUACAGUAUCAUUUGUUAAACCAAUAUCAAUGCAUAAAAAGCAUUUUAAUUUUUAGGGGAAUAUACCUGUUUAAUGUGAUAGGUCUAAAGAGCACCUCUGCUAUGCAGUUCAUCUUACUUAGUCUUUAAUGGGAAUUCUAGAAUGUCAGUUUCUGAAUGUCUUGUUCGCUCACUAGGUUGAAACUACCCUUACUAGCCAUUUUAAAUUGGCUAAUAAAAGUAUAUUAGUGAACUACAAUGGGUACAAAAAAUCAGUGACCUGUCCAAAUGUGUUUUCUAUUUAAAUAAGUUACUGUAUUCUGACCAUUCCCAAUAAAGUAGAUGUAUAAACUGAAAAUGAAAAGAGGGAUUUAGAAAGAAAAAUGCCCAAGCAACUUGUAUGGUUUAGCAGAAGAAUAGUAUAAUAUAUAGGCUUACAGUACUUGAGUAGAUGACCUUUUAAGGCCCCUUCCAGACCUAUGUUUCUAUGAUUCUGUGAGCAUGUAUUGUUGCAAUAUAAUGGUGGAAAACAUCUGAACACAGAAAUUAUUUCUUAAGACAAAAUAUUGCUGUAGGCAUUAGGGCCCUGAUUCCAUGAUUUCAUUCAGUGCUCUACAGUUUAUUCAUAGCAUGUUCCAUUUUGAAGACAGUCAAUCAAAUCAGAUAUUGCAGCUUGUAGAUGUCAGAUACAGUGAGGGCAGUUAAUUAUUGCCUUAAAGGAAGGUAUUUAGAUAUAAGUUUAUAUAGCUGAUGCAUACUUUUUAAGAGAUUUAAUGGAUAAACAAAGUGAACUCAAACAGAAGGAUCAUUGGUUCUAAAAUGUAAUAUGUAUGUCUGGCCUGCAGCUUAGAAAGCUCAAACAAAAUUCACCCAGGAGCUUCUGUUCUAGUGGGACUCCGAUUCAUACUAGCGGUCUGCUGAAAUAUGUAAGUCUUUCAAGCAUUAUUUAACAUUGGUACAUUCAAAGGUCAAAUUUUUAGUUGGUAUAAAUUGUUAUUGACUUCAGGUCAGUUAUGAUAGUUUACACUAGCUAAGGAUCUACCCCUGUGGGUUUUUUUUGUUUUUUGUUUUGUCUCUUGCUAUUAGAACACUUUGGCUGAAGAUUGAUGAAAAGGUGACUGCUGUUGGAUUACCAGGAUCACUAAGAGCUGCAAGAGCAGGCCCUUAACAAUUUUCAAUAUUAAAAUUAUCCUUUAAUACCAUA